CUGCUGCUGCUGUUGCUGCUGGGCGCGCUGCUGGCGCUGCGGGAGCCGGCGCCGGGGCCGGCCCGGGGCGAGGCGCGCGGCGGCGGCGUGCAGAAAACUUUCCGGGCGCUGCUGGCCGCGGGACGGGAGCGGCAGCAGCAGGACGAGGGGGAGGAGGACCCGCCGGCGGCCCCGGUGCGGCGCGGCAUCUUCUGGAGCCGCGAGCUGGAGGCGCGGGUGCCGCCGGGCUUCGCGGCCGAGGAAGCGGCGGCGUGGCGGGCGGCGGCCCGCGGAGCCCGCGUGGCCUCGCUGGAGCGCGGCGGCUGCGGGCGCAGCUCCAACCGGCUGGCCCGGCUGUCGGACGGGAGCCGCGCCUGCGUCCGCUACGGCGUGAGCCCGGAGCAGAUCCAGGGCGAGGCGCUCUCCUACCACCUGGCCGGGCUGCUGGGCAUGCAGCAGCGGCUGCCGCCCAUGGCGCUGGCGCUGGUGGAGGCUCGCGGGCGGCAGUGGGAGCCGGUGCGGGAGGAGCUGCGCGGCUCGCACUGGGCCGAGGGCGCGGUGGUUAGCCUGACGCGCUGGGUGGACAACCUGACGGCCGUGGUGGCUCCCGCGCCGUGGGGCGGCGGGCGGCCGCGGGCGUUGGCGGCGGGCGAGCUGGGCGGGCUACCCGCGGCGCAGCUGGUGGAGCUGGUGCAGUGGAGCGACCUGAUCCUCUUCGACUACCUGACGGCCAACUUCGACCGCCUAGCCAGCAACCUGUUCAGCCUGCAGUGGGACCCGCGCGUCAUGCGGCGCGCCACCAGCAACCUGCUGCGCGCCCCCGACGGCGGCCUGGUCUUCAUGGACAACGAGGCGGGGCUGGUGCACGGCUACCGCCUGCUCGCCACGUGGGACCCCUACAACGAGCCCUUGCUGCGCUCCGUCUGCGUCUUCCGCGAGGGCACAGCGCGGCGCUUGGCCGAGCUGCACCGCCGGCGCAACGCCGCCGCCGAGCUGCGUCGCCGCUACCGGGCCCGGGAGCCCCUCUGGGCACGCCUCGGCUUCCUGUCGGAGCGGCAGGCCGAGCUGCUGCAGGCCCGCGUUGACUUCGUGCACCGCCACAUCGCCCAGUGCCGCGCUCAGGCCGCUGCGCUCUGACAGCACCCGCCCUCCCCGCGCCUCCGCUCCCUGUUUCCCCGCUCUCUGCCUACUAGGGCCGCGGAGGUCCCUUCGGCCUCGACUCCUCCGUGGGAUGCGGAAGGAGUGCUUUCAACGUGUUCUUCCUCCUGUGGCACACGAACCUUGGCACUGGGACUGAGGACUGGUCGCACGAAGGGGCACCCCCUGACUGGCGAACUGCCCUCUCUCUGAAGCUUGGCUCCUACCGAUUUCCCUUAAGGAGAGCAGACCUGUCGCUGGUGCUGUGUCCAGCCGUGAGCGGGUACUCUGGUAGCUGUUAGUCUGUGUUGUGGGUUCAUCUGGUUCUGCUGUUCUGAUCCCCCAAGUGUGUGUCUGUAGUCGUCGCCAUCCUUUGAUUUGACGGUAAAAUAACGGACUGACGGUGACAGAAGAGGACCCCCAAAGCAUCGCUUUGUGCUGAGACUUGGGCGCAAUAGUUAAAAGUGGAGGAAAAAAAACUGUUCCAUGCACUUUACUUUGACUUUUUAAUUUUUUUAUAAACAAAAAGACCUUUUUAUUUUACAAAGUCUGCCUUUUAUGUACAUUCUCUAUGUUCAUAAGCUUUUCUGUAACAUACUAAAGAAACUGAUAUUUCA